UUUGGGCGCUGUUCGAUUCUUUUGCGUCUCGAUAUCUUAUUCACUCGUCAGCUGGACGAACGCCUUUGUUUCUCUUCCGUUCGCCAUUUCACCACCCUCAACGCACAAUUCAGCAAAUUUUUGUGCAAUUCAGAUCCGUUCCAUUAUUCCCAUGGACUAGCAAUUUGUAAGUCGAUGUGUUGGUAUAAUGUGAAGGUGGAGUUUCAAAUCAAAGCGAGGCAAAACCCGUAGAUAUACUGGAAAUACAUCAAAUAGGAGUACGGAAGGAUAGAUCGCAAGGAAUCAAAAGUUGAAGACGAAAACUUCUGAUAGUGUUGGCGUGAGAGAGUGAGAAGGACGAAAAAGUGCUUUGGCGAAGAGGAGUGAGGUGAAGAAAGCUUUUGAAAAUUAGCUGGCUGAAGAAAACCGAAAUGACGUAUGAUACUCGCGGAAGAACAUCGGAUCAGCAACAAUCUCAUCCGGCACAGGUAGAUGGGGGAAGCAGUACGCAGGGUGGUUCGACGGGGGCCACGGAGCAAGGUCCUCAACAGACAAUGAGUGCCCCAAACAGCGAAACGGAUACAUUGACGCCAGAAGAGUUAAUCGCGUCAUUCCCGCUAGCGAAACUCAACUCCUUGACCACGAAGAUUUCUAGCGCGAGAUGGGUGGUUCCAGUUUUACCUGAGCAGGAAUUAGAGUGUCUUUUGAACGCUGCCAUAGCACUUACGAACGUUGGGGUUGACCACGACUGUGAACCAUGCAUGAGAUUCUACAAAGAUGGCCUCACUACAUCCUUCAUGAAGAUUCUUACAGACGAAGCAGUGAACUCAUGGAAAUACAACAUUCACUAUUGUAUACUCAUGUCAUGUGGAAAGCUUUUGCAGCUCACAGCACUGCACAUGAAACGAGACAAUCCGUAUUUGCUAGAUCUUCUGGCCGUAGUACUCGAUCCGGACAACAAAUUCAAUACUUUCAACUCAUCACGUCAGCAAGAGAUUUACAUGCCUGGACCUAACAUGACAGGUCUCCAAUCUACAACUUGGGGCAACAUGGAGGAAGUAUUUGCUACAUCACCCCCAGAACCGAGGAAUCCAAGAGGAUGGCUUGUCGAUUUACUCAAUAGGUUUGGCCAAUUGGGUGGCUUUGAUAAUUUGUUGGACAGGUUCAAUACUGGGAUAGCACUGCUGAAGAAGCCUGCCUCAUCCGAGGAUAUGCAUAUGUCAUCGGGCGGCAAUACAUCUUCAUUGAGUCUGAGUGAUGAUUCGACAAAAAUGAAAACGUCUACGGUGUCAUCAAGUGGAACUAAUAGCACGAGUACGAGUCUCGUUCUGGAGGAUAACAACAAAAUCACUCUGCCCUUGAUUCAUGCUUUAGUCCGACCCUUCGGACAAUGCUACGAGCUCCUGACAAUUCCAACUAUUGAGAAGUAUUUCAUGCCAAUUUGGGGUGUUGUACUUGAACUGCUCGAUGGUUUGACGGAUGAUGAGUUGAAGAAGGAAGCAAAACCAGAGGGGCGAAGUGACUCCAUAAAUGGAAUUGUUAGGGCAGCGCGUUGUCUGGCCAGCAGAUUGCCCAAUCAGGAGAAUUUGAUUAAGGAACUCGAGAUGUUUCGUCUGAAAAUGAUCUUGAGAUUGUUGCAAGUGUCCAGCUUCAACGGCAAGAUGAACGCACUGAAUGAAAUCAAUAAGGUUCUCAGCACCGUGGCUUACUAUCCGCACAGAAAUCAAGGUCCACACUUGCAGCAAGAUGAUGAAAUGGAUUGGCUGACGGCAGAAAAAAUGGCUAAAUGGAUCAAGGACACCGAUGUAUUAGGCAUAGUGUUGAAAGAUUCACUUCAUCAACCACAGUAUGUAGAGAAACUGGAGAAGAUACUUCGCUUUCUUAUCAAGGAGAAAUCUCUUACAUUGGAGGAUCUCAAUGCUAUGUGGCGUGCUCAGGCGGGAAAACAUGAGGCUAUUGUGAAAAAUCUACAUGAUUUAUUAGCUAAAUUAGCCUGGGACUUCAAUGCUGAACAACUUGACUAUCUCUUUGAUUGCUUUCAGGCAAGCAUGACGACUGCCAAUAAGAAACAACGAGAACGACUUCUUGAGCUCAUCCGACGUUUAGCAGAAGAUGACAAAAACGGUGUAAUGGCGAACAAAGUGCUGAAACUGUUCUGGACACUGGCUCACAGCGCUGAAGUGCCACCAGAAGUGCUUGAUCAGGCAUUAGCGUCUCAUGUGAAAAUUUUGGACUAUAGUUGCUCGCAGGAAAGAGAUGCUCAGAAGCAAGUGUGGCUAGCAAAAUGUGUGGAAGAGUUAAAAUCAUCAGAGAAUUGGGCAUUGCCUGCAUUGCGAUUGAUCCGUGAGAUUUGCUGUCUAUAUGAAGCCACUGCUAAUCAUCAGCCCCGUCAACAACAGUGUUUGAAUAGGCAACAUGUGAUUGAGAGACUUCAGAAUGAGCACACACUCGUUAUACUGGUCACCCACAGUUUGACCACUUACAUGGAUCGCGUGAGAACAUUGGCAAAAGAGAAUGUUGACUUGGAUCCAACAACGCUUAUUCUAGAUGGAAGGUAUCCACACCCACAACAAUUGCAGGAGCGCCUUGAUUUCCUCAAGUUUCUACUGAAGGAUGGCCAAUUAUGGCUGUGUGCUGAUCAGGCGGAGCAAAUAUGGAAUUGCUUGGCGGUGAAUGCAGCAUUUCCAAGUGACCGAGAGGAAUGCUUUCGCUGGUUUGGCAAGUUGAUGGGUGAUGAGCCUGAUCUAGAUCCAGGCAUCAAUAAGGAUUUCUUUGAGAAGAAUCUUCUCCAACUCGAUCCACAAUUCCUCACAGAGAGUGGCAUAAAGUGUUUUGAGCGUUUUUUCAAGGCGGUUAAUUCCAAAGAACUGAAACUGCAAGCCAAAUACCGUGGCUAUGUACUCGAUGACGAGGAUCUUAUUGGUAAGGAUUACCUAUGGCGUGUUAUUACGACUGGUGGUGAGGACAUUGCGUGCAAAGCAAUUGAGUUAUUAAAAGAGGUGUCUACAGCCUUAGGGCCUCGGCUGCAGGCCAUGGUUGCUAUUUUCCAUGAAAAUUUCAUUGACGAGUGCUGUGAUCGACUGCGAUCUCAUUAUGACAAUGUGUUGCAAGUGAAUAAGAUCAUUGAAGAUGUGGUGAAACAAAACGAAGACUGCAAUGAUAUUAAAGCAAUGAGGAUGUGUGAGGCGGACAAGAUGUGUCGGGUGAUUCGAGUACUACAGGAGUACAUCAAAGAGUGCGAUCGGUCGUUUAAUGGUGAUCGAUACUAUUUGCCACUGAGCCGAGCUUGUCGCGGGAAAUACUUGAAUCUAUACAUUAGAUUCCAAAACCCUGGGCGGCAAAUUGAUGAUAUGGAGAUAAUAACGCAUAGCAAUGAGACUGUAGCUGCGUUUAAAAGGAAUUUAUUGAAAAGGAUCAAAGGUACAUCCCUAACCAGUAUCAAGGUGGACCUCUACUACAGCAGUGGUGAACUGAUUGAGGUGGCUGAUGAUCGUAGUCCAUUAUCGCAUUUUAUGUUGGUGGAAAAGACUAUGCUAACAGCCAAGCUCACACCAAUGGGUGUUGGUAUGGCAAGUUCACCUGACAGUUCGAGUGAUAGUAGCACAGGAUCACCACCAAGACCAUGUCCUGAUAUGACACGACUUGAGUCAGAGGCAUCACUGCCUGGUGUGAUAAUAUCACAAAAGCUGCAGUACAUGGUCUUCUUUCUCAAAUUGUAUCAGCUGGGCAGUGAUAUGGAGCACAACAUGCUGCGUGAGUGUAGCCUUCUGCUUCACCUACUACCCUUGGAUAGAUUCACCAUGCAGCAACUCGAGACAAUGUGUAACAUUCGCAUUGAAGCAAUCAUCAGCAGCAACAGUGGCGAUCAGCAGAGUAUCAACAGUGAACUCUCAGUGGCUGAAGAACAACCGACCCUUGAGUCAAUGUUUUUACACGCAACACCCGCUCAAGUACUAUAUAAUCUAGAAGUACUCCAUGCUAUGCUUAUUCCUGCAUUGGAACCCCUUAGUGAAGUGACACUUCGUCUUCAGUCAAUGUGGCUUCACUCUGGUGUGGCACACUUCAUAUUGGAACUGCUAACGAAGAACAACUUCCUUCCCAACACUGAUAUGAACACGAAGCGAGCAGCAUUUCAAUGUGUAUUGCGGUUGGCAAAGCUCUUUCUCUACAUUGUAGGCUGUGUUCUUAGUCGAGUUGGUGAUGAACCAGUUACGACUACACAUGUUGAUGGCGCUCGCAGUCAGGUGGAAAUUCUCAAGCAACUGCUGACCACCAUCUCGGGAAACUCAGAGCAGACUCUGAAGACAAUUGCUGCCAAGUUGGCCCACAGUCUAGCUGAAGAGAUGCUUUCGGCUGGUCAACAGGGUGAUAUAUGCCGUCGUCUCUUCGGUUCGGCACUUCAAUGGUCCCUUCCUGAUAUGGCAACCAUCAAGGCUAUUGUUCAUCUUGCCUGGGCAGCAUCGUGUGGAUGCCUCAAUAAACUUAACGUGUCGUCGUCAUUUACACCCGAGAGCACAAUGCCUGAAUCUAUGGACUUCACCGUAUGCAAGGAAGCACUGGAAGUGCUUACAAUUUCACUGGUCCUUAAUCCUAAUGCAACAGAGGCCCUCAAUCACCACGAUAUGGCGUGGCCAAAAUUCAUCACGAGUUUGGUGCUCAUGAACCCGUCGCGUCACGUCCGGAAGGUUGCGUCUGAGAAGCUUUUCUUAAUAUGCACAUAUUGUGCAACAGACAGGCGACCAUUCAGCAACAUGGUGAUACUUCUCGUGGGAUCCAUUCACUCGGUCGUGCCACAGUAUUCAUCUACAUGUGCUGAAUUUUUUCAACUCCUGUGCCGCAUUCUUAACUACGGAUGCCUCUACAGUUGGCCAUUGCCUGUGAGUGAUGUCCUCUUCUCGCAAGAGAUCACUUGGCUGCGCUCCAUUCGCACAACCGUAAAGCAAACGGGUGAAACACAAGUGCAUGAGGAUCUGUUAGAGGGUCAUUUGAAUCUGGCCAAGGAACUUAUGUUUUACUUAUCGUCAGAAUCAAAAUCACGCCUAAAUUCGCUUAUACAGGAGCUUGUGGAUGACUUCCUAUUUCCUGCCUCGCGACAGUACCUUGCAAUGAGACGUAAUGAGCUCAUCCCCGAAUACAGUGGUCCACCUCCCGUCUGUCGAAGUUCACAUACAAUCGCUGCCGCAUGUGAACUCCUUGUGGCUUUGUGCCAGAAUUCCGUACCCAACAUGAAGCUCCUGGUCAACACGCUUAUGGACAUGUUUUGUUCCGAUACAGAACCCUUGCGCGAAUGGGAGUACUUGCCACCGGUAGGACCACGAUCCACGAAGGGAUUUUGUGGUCUGAAAAAUGCUGGCGCGACGUGCUAUAUGAAUUCAGUUUUGCAGCAACUUUACAUGGUGCCAUCAAUUCGACUUGGUAUCCUCUCAGCUGAUGGCGCAUGCACAGAUCCCAAUGAAGAUUUCAGUGGUGACACUGAUUCUGCUGAAAUUGUCACGGAUGACGAGAACAAUAGACGAAACUAUCACAUUGGAAUACUUAAACAUGUUCAGGCAAUUUUUGCCCAUCUGGGACACAGUGCUCUCCAAUUCUACGUUCCACGUGGUCUGUGGACACAUUUCAAAUUGCAAGGUGAACCAGUAAAUUUGCGCGAGCAACAGGAUGCUGUUGAGUUUUUCAUGUCACUCUUUGAAAGCCUUGAUGAAGGUUUAAAAGCUUUGGGACAUCCACAAUUAAUGGGCGCUACAUUGGGUGGAUGUUUCAGUGAUCAGAAAAUAUGUCAAGAAUGUCCACAUCGAUACUCCAAGGAGGAACCAUUCAGUGUCUUCAGUGUUGACAUAAGAAACCACAGUUCUCUCACUGAUUCAUUGGAACAGUACGUGAAGGGGGAAUUACUCGAAGGUGCAGAUGCUUAUCAUUGUGAUAAAUGUGAUAAAAAGGUGGUAACAGUUAAAAGACUUUGUGUUCGCAAAUUGCCACCAGUGUUAGCGAUUCAACUAAAAAGAUUUGAAUACGAUUAUGAGCGUGUAUGUGCGAUAAAAUUCAAUGAUUACUUUGAAUUUUCGCGAACACUUGACAUGGAGCCUUAUACAGUGUCUGGACUGGCUAAAAUCGAGGGGGAAGUGAUUGAAGUUGAUGACCACGCCGAUGAUCAGCCGGUAACGACAAAAUAUCAGUUGACGGGAAUCGUUGUGCACAGUGGACAAGCAUCAGGAGGUCACUAUUUCAGCUAUAUUUUGCAUCGCGAUCCAGCAACGGGCAAGGAGAAGUGGUAUAAAUUCGACGAUGGGGAAGUGAGUGAAUGUAAAAUGCACGAAGAUGAAGAGAUGAAAACGCAAUGCUUCGGUGGCGACUAUAUGGGCGAAGUGUACGAUAACAACUUGAAAAGGAUGCAGUACCGUCGGCAAAAGCGGUGGUGGAAUGCAUACAUGCUUUUCUACACACGCUGCGAUCAAGCACCCAUCGAGCAAAAGGCAAGCAUUGAACAACUGUCCUUAUCAGACAGUCGAAACUGCGUCCUACCAAUGCCAGACCCAAUCGAGAAAAGUGUUAGGUCACAAAACAUAAGAUUUCUUCACACCAGGAGUUUCUUUUCACCCGAAUUCUUCAACUUCAUCCUCAAGCUGGUGAAUUGUAGUGUGCCAUCGCCGAGAUCAGAAAAAAUAACGCCACAUGCGGAAGAACUUUUGCUGCUUGGUGUUCAAUUAGCGUCUCAAUUUCUAUUCCACUCUGGUUUUCGUACGAAAAAAACACUACGUGGUGCUGCUAUUGAUUGGUAUGAAGAAUUAAAAAUACCCGUGUCCAUAUGGUAUGAUUCUCUGUGUCAACAUGUGCGCCAUUCGACAGUUGUGAGGACUUGGUUUGCUCAGAAUGCCCUCCUGAAUCCUCCAACGCGACUUGCUGAGUACAUUUUGAUCGCUCCAUCGCCAGAAGUAAGAGCAGUUUUUGUGAAGUUGGUCGUCUUCUUCUGCCAUUUCGCCAUCAACGACGAGCCGAUUCCGGGUUUUGAGGGCUCAAAUUUAUGUGAACAAGUACUCAUAAAUGUGCUGUCCCUCCUAAAAGGUGAAGUGGCUGAGCACGGGAAACAUCUUCCACAUUACUUCAGUCUGUUUUGCAUGUAUGCGGGUUUAGGCCAGCAAGAGAAGCAUCAAUUACUAAAGCUGAAUGUUCCGGCAAUUUUUAUGCAAGUGGCUCUGGAUGAUGGACCUGGACCUCCAAUUAAGUACCAAUACCCAGAAUGGAGCAAACUUCAUCAGGUAGUGUCACACCUGGUGCGAUGUAGUGAUGUCUCCAGUCGUUGUACAAGUUCUAAAAAUGAAAGUGGCGUUCGUCCCCAGCCGAAUCCUUAUCUGGAGCCAAAUAUUCCGUCAGAGAAUCUAGUGCCACUCUCUCAGGAUGCGUGUGAAUAUUUGUUUGGACGAACGACAUAUGUGAAGAAGGUGAUUGAGGACACAAAUGUGGGCGAGGAGGGACUGAAACUACUGCAGUAUUGUAGUUGGGAGAAUCCCCAUUUUUCUCGCACCGUCCUCUCAGAAUUGAUGUGGCAAUGCGGAUUUGCCUAUUGGCACGAUAUGCGUCAUCAUACAGAGCUCUUGCUUAAUAUACUUUUAAUGGAAGACUCUUGGCAACACCAUCGAAUUCACAACGCGCUUAUGGGUGUGACGGAAGAACGUGAAGGGUUGUUAGACACUAUAAUGCGAUCGAAGAUUCACUACCAGAAGAGAGCAUAUCAGAUCAUAAAGUGCUUAGUGCAACUUUUCAGACGUAGUUCAGUAGCUCAUAAUAUGUUGAGCAGCAAUGCAAAGUUGACCCGACAGUGGACGGACGCUGUAGAAUGGCUACAAGACGAACUAGAAAGAACACGUAGUGGAGGUGGCCAAUACAACUACAGCUCUUGGUCACCACCGGCUCAGAGCAACGACAGUACUAAUGGCUAUAUGCUAGAACGAUCUCAAUCUGCGAAGAAUGUUCUCCAGACAGCAGUUGAACUCUUUCCAGAAGAGGUGAGUGAGGAGCAAGAUGAACCGAUUAUUGUCCAAGGAGGGGAUGCAGAUGUAGGACCACUCGACGAGAUGAAUAAGACAAACGUUGUGCCAGUUUCAGAAGUGUCUGAUCCACUGCGAAAGGACGAUGAGGCGACGACUCCCGCUACGGGGGUGGUACUAUCUUCGGUGACUGUAAGCAAAACUAAUUCAACAUCUACCACCACGGCUUCGACUGUCAUGGUGAAGACAGACACUGUAAAGACGGAGAUGAAUGAUAGUGAAACAGACGUAUCAGUAAUCCUGAGUCAAGGCAUAAAUCAAAUGCGCGUCUCCUCUAAUCAGUCGCAGAGUGGAAUUGAAGGUAGCGAGUCAACAACCAGUGGUGGUCAAAAAGUUCUCAGUCCCUUCGGACAAAUGCUGCAGAAUGCAAUGCCCUCCACACCAAGUGGAAGCUCCACGAUCACUACUGUCACUACAAGUUCAGGCGUAAAUGCGUCAAAACAAAAGUUUGAGCAGACAUAAAAAUGAAAUAAUAAUGACGUUAGAACGGAGUCAUAAAAUAGUUGAAGAUCCUUUUCCAAUGAAGAAAAAUUAUAAUAAUAUAAUUAUGAUGAGUGUGACAGAAUAGAAGGAAAAGCGCUUGUGUAUUAGCUUUUUGAACUGGAUCAUUUGUUUGUUUAAUUUUCUUUGUUCACAAUGGCAUAACUGAAAUUAUUAUUUUCUCAUUAUCUGAUUUUGAAAAACCAUGAAAUAACCAUUAAUGUUUUUAUAUAAAAAUGAAUAUGCCUAAAAUAUGAUUGCAAAAGUUUUCUCUUUGCAUAUUUUCUUUAUUGUGUCUUUUCCCGAAAUAAUUUUUGCUAAAAAACAAAAUAUAAGAGAUGAUCAAAAUUAUGUUUUGCUUUUAUUAAUUUGUAAGUGAGAGAGAAAUAAGAGUGCAAAAGAUCUCCUCUAUUUUAACAUGUUAAGUAGGAAAAUGAAAUACAUAUUGUGGCAUUACUCACGAUACUACAAAAAUAGUAAAUAAUUCAAAUAUCUUUGAGAAAACAUCCUUCAUAACAAGAUAAAAAAAAAUUUCUAUAUGAAUUCUUACAGUUCUGAUUUUUUCAAUUGUUGAAGUUUUGAUUUAUUAAUAAAUAGAAGAAAGACAAAUCGAUAUAUUCGCUGGUUGAAGGGAAACGUAUCUUGAGGCUAGAAAUGAAAAUUUUCCUUUACAUAUUUUCUUUAUGUUUUGUCAUAAUAAUUGAAUUAAAUUUUCAUUUGUAAUAAAUUAUAUCUAAAGAGAUCCUUUGGUAAACAUAUUCUGUGAGCAAUGCAGCAAUUAAAUUACAUUUGCUGCAUACAAUUAUAUACACAAAUAUAUAUUUAUAAUUGAAGUAGUAUUACGAUGAACAACAGCACUUAUAGCUUAUGUUGUUAUUUCUUCUUUUCAUUUCCCGUCUUUAGUGAGUAAAACAGUUGAAAUAAUUCAAGGUUCUGUCGUAUAAAAUGGAGAUAUAGGACAAAGAUAAAGAAUACUUCAUUGAAGUUAUGUAUAACAUUAAAGAUUAAUUUAAUAAAUUAACAAUUAAUGCUACUAACAUAAUUGAAAGCCAAAAACAAUAGUUCUGUACAUAUAUUUGAUAGAAAAAGAUGCAAAGGGAUUUACCUAAAUCACCGGAUAAAUAUUAAAGCAAUCAAAGAGCAUAACUUACUCACUUAAGCUCGCAUGACUGCUAUAAAGGAUAAAAAUGAUGGGGACAUUGGAAUGACAAUGUUUGUUUUAAUUUCUUUAGAUAUUUAUUGUUUACCUCAAGAGUCGUGUAGUCAAGAAGAAGAACAAGGGAAGAGCGAUAAAAUUAAAGGAACAAGUAUAUUGAUGUGAUUUUAAGUUUUUUCGCGCAUUUAAACUUUUAUAACAAUGAUGAUAAAAUUUAUAUAUAGAAAAUUUACAUACAUAUAUGAAUUAUUUAAUCAACAAGAAACGAGAGAGAAGUACUAAAAUAUAAAUUGGUAUGUAAACUCAUUUUUAUAUAAAUGAAUUAAAAAUGCUAUAUGAAUGCUAUGGAGAAGUAAAGUAUUUUUUAAUGAAAACUGAUGUAUAGACAGAGAGUAAAGUUUUACAAGAACAACAUUUUGUGUGUAUCAUCUCGGCAUGAAAGAAGAAAGUAAUUAUAAAAAUGAAAUUAUUCGGGUGGCAAAAAUUGAGAAUAGAAACGAAGUAAACUAAUCUUACAUAAAUUGUUUUAUAUGAUAACGCAAGUAAGUCAAACAGACAUCAGUGAAUAAUUUAUGAAGAGAAUUGUAUUGCAAUUUGUAAGAUUCACAAAGAAAUACUAGAAAUUAAUUGAUUUAUAUGGAAUACUCCAUAUUGUGACACUUUUGGGAAGAGGCGAGAAGAAAUAAUAACGAUACGAGAAUAUGGAAACAUAAUUUUUGCUAUUCGCACUACCAAACUUAUAUAUUAUAGAUACAUAUAUAAAACUUUAAUGAAUAAUACUAAUAAAUGUAUUUAAAAAGGAUCAUAAAGUAAAAUAAAUAACCAACUCUUUAAAACAAAUAACAAAAGUAAGAAAGCUUUCAGAGAAGCAUAUUAUUUUACUAAUGAGAAAUGAUGAAACAUUUCCUAAAAACCCUAAAAACAAGAAAUAAUUGAAUGAAAAGUGCUUAAGAAUUUUUUUACAUAUAAUAGUUGAAAAAUAUUUGAAUUAAUGAUGCGAUUGGGAAGGUAAAACCAAUUAUAACUGUACAUAAAUGUGCAUAAACAUUUACUUAUAUAUCUAUUAUUAUUUAUAAUCUCUGAUAAUAGAACUGUUGGAUAUUUCUAUAAAGAAAAAAAAUUACUGCUACACAGUUCAUUAAAAUCAAUUGAAGGAUUUCCACUUUUUCCUUUUUGUAAUCACCGACGAAAGACGUAUUCUCUCAUGAGACAAUUGAAUGAUUAUACUACAUACUAAUUCCAGAUGAUCACAAUAAGAAAAAAAACUAGUACUGAAAAGUGAAAUUCAAAAGAAAGAAA